AUGUCUUCACCAUCUUCAUCAUCUUCUGCAUUCUCUGAGUCUGAGACUUCUUCUCCUUCUUCUACCUGCUCGAGCCUCGAACCUGAGUUCGAGGCCGACCCUAAAAUCGUGAAAAUGUUGGUAACUAUCUUAAUUGCACGCCAUGGUAUACUUCAUUACCAUGGCCAAACAGGAGAGCUGGCAACAUUUCAAUGGCCAACCACCCAACUAGGUCACAAAAUCCACCCUUCACAUUUUGCUGCUUAUCGGGAAGCACACGCCUUUCACUACCCUGUUGUCUUUGCGCCACAGGGGGAUGACAUUCAGCUGCACCUGGAUGCCGGAUGGAACAUGCCCUUCCUGCAAACAACUCUGGUCGCGUUUUCAAUGCAGUUCCUGCACGUGGGCGAUUUGGCAAGGGUAGUCAAAGGCUCUCUUCGUGGAGAGCUCGGUCAGGUUGCAAUAAUCCUUGAUGGACGUCUCAAAGAAGUAGAAGUUCAUCUUCAGGACGUCGAACGGCACAUCAUCCAAAUGUGCGGGGAUACAUCUAUUGUCUGUCAACAUGCUACCAACCAGCAGGUGGAAGUAUCAAAAUACUUCUUGGAUCAGCGUCUGUUGGAUCACCUAGCACAAUCACAGCUGCAAACACAGCAGCAUUUCGAACCCCCCCAGUCAGACUCUGAAAUAUGUGAUUUCAUAGAAGUCCUUGUGGGAGAGCAUAUAGGCAAAAGCGGUGUCAUCAUCUGGUUUUCUAAGGGAGACACCCAACUCUGGUUCAGAGAUAUUUUCACUGCAGACAGCACUGCCAGUGGCGUACUGUGGAGUACCUCAGUUCCCGUAGCAGCAGUUCAGCGAAUGAAAAUCACCCAGACACUCAAAUACACAAAGGAAAGAGGGUAUGACGUCAAACCUGGAGACGUCAUGACUGUCGCCCUUGGGCUGGAGUGUGAGGCGAAAGGGGUCGUUCAAAGCAUAGACUUUCCCAACGCUCGCUUGACUAUGAUAUGUGAUGGUGAUCACAGCCUGAUCGAUGUUCCAAUCAGAUUCGUUGUGAAAGUACGUAAUGUCAACUUAGAUUAUUUUAAAAAGGAUAUCAGACAAGAAGUGUUCAUUGUUGGGGGUGAACCAAAGGGCUAUAGAGCGAUGCUCUACAGUCUUGGCCCUGAGUUGUGUACCGUUGCUCUGCAUGGCCAGAAGUGUAUCACGCUGAAAAACUGCGAUGUUGUCAUGAGGUAUGGCAAGAGGUUAAACAGGGCGAUGCUCAAAGGCCUGGACAUCACUCCGCCUAUCGAAAAAGUUCCUUCCAGCUCGUUGGCUUCCACUACAGACUCCGUUUCCUCGUCAUCCAGCAUGUGGAUCACCUGGUCUGCAAGCGCGGGAGGCACUAAUGUGGCGCAAGGCCCUUCAUCAAGCAUCAAUCCUAACCCCGAGCCAUCGACAUACGACUCCUGGACUGUCAGUGAGUUGGACGCCCAGAACACUAUUAAUGCCAGAGCAGAGAAAUCCUCAGACAAUGGCCCACUAGCUCGGUUGAUGACCAGGGAGUCCUCUUCGACGUUCUUCAAAUAUCACGCGAUGCUGAAGGUCUCACCAGUCUUUGAUGUAUCACUGUCUAGGCGAUUGGUAUCAAUGUCUUGUUCUCACCCUUUCUGCAGCGAGAAUGGAUCCAGGCCAGAGGGAUGUGUUGCGGCAUACUGCACAUCCAACAAUGCAGGCGCCAUCAUCAAACAUUAUCAUAUCCCACCAUUUACCUGA